GCUGUGGCGUUAGUCAUGUGUUAAUUAUUAUUUUUAUAGAGACAAUUUACAGUAAAGUACGUUCCUUUCAAUUAAGGAUAACCUAUAUUAACACUUUUCGUGAGCACACAUUUAAGAACAUUUUCAGAUACCUUACAUAUAUGUGUAACUGAUUUUUGUCUUGAUACUUCACUACCGUAAAGUUGUAAACUAUCGCUGAAAUUCAAACGGCUGUUCAUCACUAAGGUUAUUACAGUCUCUCUGUAAAUGAAAAAUUCUUACGCAGAAUUGUCGAUGAAAUGGUGUCUAUAACAACUCUCUCAUCAUGGGAUACCGAACUCAGUGCAGACUCUGUCGAGUGGUGUCCAUUGCCUCCAUGCCAGGAUUAUUUUGUAUGUGGAACCUACCAGCUAGAAGUAACACAAAACACAGGAACAGAGACAAAUCCUGAAAGUAACCCAGAACAAAAAAAAUAUGGCCGUUUAUAUUUGCUGAGAUUUAACUCUGAAAAUAAAAUUGAAGUUUUACAAGUCCUUGCAAUGCCUGCUGUACUAGAUAGCAAGUGGUGUCAUAAGGAAAUACAAGGGAAGAUUUUACUGUGUGUUGUAAAUGAAGCUGGCUACGUGGUUUUAUAUGAAAUGAAAAACGUGAAACCCAGUGACGGAUUGCCCGAAUGUAAACCAGAGAGUGACGGGUGCCAGCUUUAUAAGCUUACAGAACUCAGCAUCUGUGCACCUGACACAAAAGGUGUUUUGGCACUUUCACUCGAUUGGUCUACUGGUCGAAGUACUGAUAAUCCUCAUGUUUGUGUUAGCGAUUCCAGAGGAAUUAUCACUCUCGCGCAGCUUAAAGAUGACACACUCGAAAUUGUACAACAGUGGAAAGCACAUAAUGCUGAAGCUUGGAUAACAGCAUUUGAUUACUGGAAUAGUAAUGUGAUUUACACAGGUGGAGAUGACUGCAAGUUUCACACCUUCGAUUUGAGAUGUGGCGUUAGUCAACCAACAGUAACAAAUAAGAGUCACGAAACAGGUGUGACAAGCCUACACUGCAAUGCAAUGCAUCCCAAUACAUUGGUUUCAGGAAGCUACGACGAGACACUGAGGCUGUGGGACACACGUAGCACACAGCAACCUAUCUCGUCACUUCCACUGGGUGGUGGAAUCUGGCGUGUCAAAUGGGAUCCCUAUACAGGGGAGCACAUCGUUGCUGCUUGUAUCUAUGGCGGUUUUCGGUUAGUUCAGUCUAAACGGGGCUGCCUGCAACUGCUCGGCGAGUACGAGGGGGAGCACACUAGCAUUGCCUACGGAGCUGACUGGUGCCAUGCACCAUCUCCAAAGCAGGAUGACUCAUUCCUCAUCAGCACAUGUUCCUUCUAUGACCACAUGUUGUGUGUUUCUGCUGUUAGAUUGUACAAAGAUGACUGUGUAAGCUAAAACUGCUGAUAGCUGUAGCUGAGUGAAAUGAGAGAUACACUUUAUUGUACAAUGAAAGAAAAAUACAUAUAACAAUAAAUAAAUAAUUUAGCAUGUAAUGAAA